AUGCCAUCAAAUUCCGGACGCCACCAGCGCGACGAACCUUCUCCCUUACGAUCUAUCAUCCACACCAAACGCAACAAACUUCAAUUCCACCCCGGGACCUAUUUAGCACUCCCUCCUGAUCCUUAUCCAUCCAUCAGUACCAAGUCCCGCUUACCCGGAUCUACGUGGGUGAACCCCGCUUUCCAAACCCCCGACCCAAAGGACCUCAAGAAGAUCAGCUGCGUCCAGCCUUCUCUACGCGAUUAUCGAUUCCAAGUAGCUUCGAACGGAAAUGAGAACCAGCUGGUUACGCCUUGUAAAGAAACCAGGUCGAGUUAUCCUCAAUUGGAUCUGUCUGAUACGCGAACUGUUUUCCCUAGCACUAGAAAGAAAUCCCGUCUCGAUAUCCAAAGAGGAUCCACCAAGACGCCUACCAGGAUGCGUACUUCACCUUACACCCGACCUACCCUUUCCGCACUUAAACUCAAACGAACGGAGCCGCCCGUGCCGGUCAUGUCAGAUGAUCAGAAUCAGAAUUACGAAACACCUCGCACUCGGACCACAGCAAUCGGGAUCGGGAUCGGGAUUGAAAGCACGAUUGAAGGAAGACUGCCGGCUCAGCCCUCGUUCGUACCGCAAGCAGGAACACGAUCGUCCGAACCUCGUUCGUCGACUCCAUUGAAAGUUCGGGAGGAUGGAAGGAAAUCGAGGACGACAGGAUUGGAGGAAUUCGAUAGAGAACGUGGAGAGAGCAGGAGUCAGAGUCGUAUCGACGAGGGUCCGUCCGACGUGUUUGGACCUCGUUCACAAGCACCUCCGCAACAACAGCAGCAAAAGGAACAGCGCCGGGUGAGGCCAGGAUUAUCGUCGAGAACGCUCACUACCUCACUUGCCCAAAAUCGAGAGGAUCCUUCGCUCGACACCGCUAGCGGUCAGGUGAAAGCCUCGGCAACCGAUCUUCAGAAUAUGGAAAGCUUCAUGAGCUCUUUACUCGUUUAUCGCAACCAACCGGAUCAAAUCACACCCAGCCAUUCUGACAGCCCGCAAGACCGUCUUACCGAUACUACUACCACGCCCCUCCCAACCGUACCUAGACCGAAGGGAAGGAGAGAGAGACGCCGAGAACAAGCAGAAAAGACGGCGGAACGCUUACGACAGAAGAAGAAGAAAUCGGACGUUCAGCCGGUCGAACAACCUCCGAGCCUUUCUUUAGAGGGUCAAGCUACAUCACAGGCGGUGAUCGCACCAGAAUCGAUGGUUUCAGCCAUGACGAGGGUGUUCGAAGUACUUCCUCGGUCAAAGUCGGACGUAUGGCCAGUUCCUCUUCCUUCGCGUCCGAGUGCCACUCAAGCUGCAAGAGCACCAGAGUCUUCUCCGUUGAUAUCAAAAUCCCGUCAACAAGAUACCCCUUCUCAAAUCCAAACUCCUUUCUGUCAAGCUCAAAUCCCUCACACCGAAAGCCUUGGAGCCCACGAAGCCCUCGCCCUCGCUUCUUCCCAAAUUUCCGAAGAGACCGUCACUCCGCUAGCUGUACCAGUCCUGAUUCCCUCUCGAUCUAUCGGAGAUCGUUCCCCCGCCCGAGGCAUCAGGAGGAAACCCAUGUUGCUCCCGCUUCAACCAGACUAUAAAGGUAUGAAGUCAUCUACGGCUAAACAAGCUGGAACGAGGAAGUUGGCUCCGAUGGCUAGCCUUACCGUGAACGCUCCAAUUCCCGGAUGGCCGUCUAGUUCCUUUAUGUCUUCCCCUGCCGUACCGCCUCAAGCACGCCCCACAACCUUCAAACCCGCGCAUGUACAAUCCAGCCCAAUCAAAUCGAGCACCAAUCGCCAGCCAUUACGCCGGACUAUCAAUCCCGAUCGCGCACUGAAGAGAGGAAUGACGCUCGGCAUGGACAUCAGACGAAACGUGCAAGCGACACCUACGCAGUUCAGGCCGCCGACUCAGAAGAGGCGAGCGGUUGAUCAUGCAUGAUGGCUCGGGAUCAAAUUGACACCUGAGCAGGCUACUAUCAUGGUCUCAUCCUCUCUUUCUUCCCAUGUUUUCCAUUCCUAUCGUAUCAAAUCAUCGGACGCGCGCAUGCUGCUGACGUUGUCCUCUAUAUCAAAUACAAGUGUAUCCUCCGUCGACGCUGAUGAGGACCAGAGUCAGCGUGUUUC